CUCAGUCUAGGGCUGUCCUCGAAUAAAGAAAGUCUUAGUCGACUAAUGGAUAAGUUGAUUCAAUUGACAGAUCCGUAAAGUUGAGUUUCUCCAAAGAGUCAUGCAAACGCACCACUUUAAAUCUUGCGUUAACCAGAGAUGUGCUCAUACGUUUCUCGGAAAUAAGUCAUGCAGCAUGAAGAAGCAUCAAGAAUGACUAUUGGACUAAUGGAAUUUUAGUCAACUUAAACCAAAACGACUGAUUAAUUAGUCGACUAAUCAAAGACGAGAAGCUAUAUUCUGGGCUGAAGUGAAGGUAUAAGGCAAAGAAGAUGAUGGAAGAGAGUGGAAUCGAGACUACGCCUCCUGCCAGCCCUACACCUCCUCUGACUGUGGCUGCCACAGUCAGCGCCCCGCCAAUCACCAUAGGUCUGUCCAGCCCUCUGUCCCUCCCUGGCACCAGCUCCAUCGGUUCCCCCGCAGUCUCCACCGCUUUCUCCCCCGUUCCCUCCCUCCCUGCUUUCAGCAGCCCAAUGGUCGCACACCCCUCCCUGUCCUCCCCGUUCCCCCCUCCCUCCACCCUCGCCUCCCCGUUCACCAGCAGCUCUCCAUUUCCCCCUCCCACCUCUGCCUCUUUGCCCCCUCUGGCUGCUCCCAUCGGGCCACCUCCCCUUUCGGCUCCCGGCAUGUCGGCCCCUCCCUCAGGCCCGCCCGUAUCCAGCUUCUCCAUGAGUGCAGGAUAUGACAUCACACGGGGUCAUGCCGGUCGUACUCCGCAGACACCGCUGAUGCCGACAUUCUCCAGUCCUGCCGCCAUGCCAGGUGUGGGACCAAACCCCAUGGUUCAGCAGCCAGCCAUGACAGGAGGAUUAGAUGCUGGAUCUCCCAUCACUUUCCCAGAGGAGCAGGACGAUCCCAGAGGACCUGGACACACAAACGCUGGUGGAGGCAUCUGGGGCUUUUUUAAGGGAGUAGCAGGUAACACUGUCGUAAAGACAGUCUUGGACAGAACCAAGCACUCUGUGGAAUCCAUGAUCACCACUCUGGAUCCUGGCAUGGCUCCAUACAUCAAGUCUGGCGGGGACAUUGACAUCGUUGUGACUUCAGAUGAGAUGAACGUGGAGGCCGUCAGAGACGCCUUCCAGGAGGUUUUCGGGAUGGCCAUGGUCACUGGAGAGCCCGGUCAGUCCAACAUCGCCCCGCAGCCGGUGGGCUACGCAGCUGGAGUCAAGGGGGCUCAGGAACGCAUUGACAGCCUGCGUCGAGCCGGUGUGAUCCAUGAGAAGCAGCCAGUGGUCUCUCUGGAAAACUUCAUCGCUGAGCUCUUUCCUGACAAGUGGUUUGACAUCGGCUGUCUGAUCCUGGAGGACCCUGGUCACAGCAUCCGCAUCGAGGUCUUCACGCAGGCAACCCCUGUGGCCCUAGAUCACGUCCAACAGGCUCAGUCACUGACCCCCCCUGACUACAGCCUGCGCUGGUCCGGGCUGAUCGUCCCAGUGGGCGAGGUGCUGGAGCGCAGCCUGCCAAACGUCAGCCGGAUGGACUGGCACCAGGCCAUGACGGGCAUGGCCCGGCGCCAGAUGAUCCAGAGCGCCGCCAAAGCCCUGGCUGGUAUCUACAAACAGCAGCUACCCCCCAGGACUGUGUGAGGCCUAGUGCUUCCACUUCCUGUCACAUACCUGGAGGAGGCGGAGACACGUCAGAGGAAAAACUGGCUGAUGGGACAGCGAGCUUCCCUCGCCAUCCAGCCGCCGUCUGUCCUCGCGGGGCAAAGCCAAAUGCACAUUUCUUUAAAAGACGUUAAUGCUCCGAGAUGUUUACUGAGGUCCCAACAUGUCAGAAGGGUUUUAAUGAGAGGCCAUCCCAUAUCUAGAUCCUCUAUAGCGGCCUACUCGGCCUUUAAGGGGAGACAUUGCAGGGGAAUGGGGGGGGAACAUAUUUCAACUAACAGAUAUCAGCAUCAAACUUCCCCAGUGGAACACUUACAUUAAGACCAUUCUUUUUUUUGUACUACAGGUUUUCUGAAAUUUUUAAAUUUUCAUUUUAAAUAUGCAAAUGAGGCCUUAUUUUAUUAAAAUAUGUGCUAAUUAGCCAACAUUUCCACAACAGAAUAUAUAGCCUGGUUCAAAGUUCUAGUUUAAUUUUGUUGACAUUAGUCAGUUUUCUACAGAGGGAAUUAGGUUUAAUUUUGGAUAUCUCUUUUUAUCACUCCAUAAAUCUGCAAAAUUCUGUCAACAGCCAUGAAAACAAUCCCUUUUCUCCAUGUCUUUCUGAAUAAAUAGUAUGAAUCAGGCUGUGAAUGAUAUCUAAACAAAGCCCUGUGUAAUAAGUCUCCCAAAUCUAGAGAGGAGUAACUGUGGACAGUCUGGUGGAUCUAAGUGCUACUGAAGAGUCUUUGAAGAUAUGGAUUGUAACAUUGAGACAUUCUGAAGACCCUACAGGUGAGUAGGGUCAACCUUUAACUAACCGAUCUCAGCAAGCAUUACACUUCCCCAACUGAUUAUUGACACAAUCUUUGUAUUACACAUUUUCUGAAAUGUUUGAGGUAUUAUCUAAUGCUAACUUUUGGUGAAUUUAGGAGAAGUCUACAGACACAAAUAGGCAACGUGUUGUCAAAUAAAUGUUUUCUUUCCACUUGUGAUAAAGAAGACAUGUUAUGGAAGCAGAAUAGCUCAAAAUUUCAAAAAUGUUUUUGUGUGUCAUGUCUCCCCUAAACUACUAUGGAAUCAUCUCAUUGUCCUUCAUAAAAGAUUAUUACACA